AUCUGGCAACUCCGGCAUAAAAUUCAAAUUUCAACUUCCAGCGCCAUCCUUUCAAUCUUUUUUCUGUUUUUCGACUCCGAUUUCGCUCCCUACUACUUCUGCCAUCUGCCGCUCACAGUCAAAGCGCGGGAGAGAUUUAGGCCGGCAUCUUUUUUAGCUUCAUCGGCAUAUACAGAGCAUCUUCUAGCCAUUUUCUUUGUGAAGGACAUUUAACUGUGAAAUAAAAUGUCUGACAGUGAAGGAACUGAAACUAAGCGUGGUCGCAGGCCAAAGAAAGCAGCAGAGCCAAGGAGCGAAAGCAAAGAUAGUGGAACUGAUGAACCCAAAGCAAAGAGAGGUCGUGGCAGGCCCAAGGGAACCGCCAAGAAAGCAAAGAAGUCAACAGGCGGCAGUUCAUCUGGUGGAUCAAAACGUGGUCGAGGCAGGCCUAAGAAGAGUGAUGCUAAAGACACUAAAAGUUCUUCAGACCAUGAUGGCUCUGGUGAUGAUAAGGAUGAUUAAAUAUCGCCAAAAUAUGGUUUGUAGGGAAACCCCCCACGCUUUUGAUCUGAAGCACACGGGCUAGUUCUUACAGUAAAAUGAUUGCAGUUUGAGUUGACUGUCCUUUUUUGUGAUCAACUGGCGAGAACAGUUUUCUCACAAACCAUUUUUAAUCAUUAACAGUACAAGUCUUAUCAUUUCUCAUUUUGUAAACACUUUUUGUAUCAUCCUUGAAUAUUUGUCUGCUACAGAGCAUUCUCAUCCACACACUUAAACUCAUUCCUAGAUAAACCAUGUCUCAUAACAUAGUUUUUAAACAAAAAAAAGAAAAAAGCCAUACUGAGUUUAAGCCUCUCACUGUUUUUAGCAAAAAGAUGUGUGUUUGUCUCAUUGUAGUUUAAUCAUGCUUGCAGUUUUUUUUUCUUUUUAAUUUUGUGUUUUAUCAGUUAAACGCAUAGCUGUUUUUUCCAGUUUGAAAAAAGCUUUUUUCGUGAUGUUGUGUUCUUCCAUUUAUUCUUUUUAAAUUAUAAAAUGAACAAGAUUGUUUUUCUUAGAUUUAAAUUUUUAAAUGAUUCAUCAAUCCUGUUUCACUGACAGAUGUAAUGAUGAUAACAUAGUAUUAACUCAGUGUUGUGUGCAUUUUCUGUUUCAAGUAGCCAUUGUGUGAAGUGAAAAUUUUGUCAAUAAAAUGUUUUCUUUAAUA